CAUGAACCAAACUCCGUUCAAAAAACACAAGCAGCAGUAUAAGAACUUUGCUUGUUGAAAAUGUAACACCUCAUAGCGAAGCCUUUACUAUUUUCUGUUAUGACGAAUGAUGUGUUCUUGAAUAUGGAGGAUGUGAGGGGUUGUUCUCUCUUUGCAGAUGAUGGGGUAGUCUAGUAUAAGAAAGUGUUAAAUGUAAUGAGGCGCCUGGUACUGGCGCGAUGAGUUAAAUUACAGAGGAGCACACUGGGUGUUUUAUUAAUGGUCUUUAUAUUCACAAAGCUAAAGAAAUUUAGGCUGUAACAGUUUACAUUGAAGUUUAAAUGACCUUCAACGACCUGCUCAGAGCGGGUGACGCUGUAACCAUGGCAACCGUCCACUUCCCGUCUGCGCGAGACGGACGGCAAAGAUAGUGCGAGCAAAAUGGCAUCGAUACAGGAGGAAGUGUUCAGGUGCGUGUUGUCUGGGGACGUGGAGACCAUGAAGCAGCGCUUUGAAGACGAGCUUGUCUCAGAGGAGUCGAGGGAAGAGGAUUUCUUCGGAAAGAAGGACGGGUUUGGGAGAAGCGCCUUGUUGACCGCCUGCAUGCUGGGAAGGAGCGCCAUCGCCCGAGAGCUGGUCCGACACGGGGCGCCGGUCAACGAGCAGACUGUCAGGGGUUAUUCACCGCUGCACCUCGCUGCUUGCUGGGGCCACUUGGAGACAGUGAGGACUCUGCUCGAACUGGAAGCUGACAUACAAGCUAAGACCUUCAGAGGGGAGAGACCUGUAGACCUGGCCAGGAGAUACUCCAAGACAGACUGUGUUGAGUGUCUCAUGCAGGCAGAAGCUAAGCAGGACUUAAUGUCUUAUCUGGCCUUCGUGAAAGACUUUAUUUCUGAUUCAGAGAAGAAUCUCACCAAGGAGGACAAGAACAUCUGUAUGCGUGUGUGCUCUGCCAAGUCAGACUGGAUCCAGACUGUCAAAAACCCAACGGUCUCAGACGUCACAGCCCAGAGGAAAGACACAGAGGACUCUCUCCAGCCUAUCCUCAACAAGCUGUCAGGUUGUGACAGCACACAGUACGUUAUUCAGUAGCACAAAAAGUUGGCAACAGAGACGAGAAACGUACCAGUCCAGCUCAGGAAAAAUGGAGAGUAUGAAACUGAAUAUGACACCAAACAGCGGAAAAUAAUCCACGUCGCAUUACCCAUUGCAUUCAGCAGCGCCGCUCCAGCACAGAUGUCCCA